AAUUUAUGUCAGCCUACGGAAAGCCAUUACCACGACGGGUUUAGCUUCAGUCCUCACUGUCUGUCCUUUUCACCGUGUAGCAACUAGCCGUCUCUCGCCGUUGCUGAAAAUGGCGUUACUUACUCCUCUAUUCGCGUUUCUUUAUCACUUGCCACUGGUAUACAAAUGGUUGUUAAAGCCGUAUUAUAUCGCCUCCUUGUUUAUGUCACUUGCUUUCUUGAUGAUCCGCAAGACCCCAGGCAUCUGCGAACACCUAUCGUCUACACGAGAGGAUGGGAACUCCUGCGACUUUGACUGGAGAGAAGUGGAGAUUCUCAUGUUCCUCAGUGCAAUCGUCAUGUUGAAGAACAGAAGAGCAAUAACAGUGGAACAACACGUCGGAAACAUCAUCCUCUUCAGCAAGGUGGCCAAUGUCUUUUUGUUCUUCAGGCUGGAUAUUCGUAUGGGCCUGCUCUACCUGACGCUCUGCAUUGUGUUUCUCAUGACGUGUAAGCCACCACUGUACAUGGGCCCCGAGUACAUUAAAUACUUCAAUGACAAGACCAUAGAUGAGGAGCUGGAGAAGGACAGCCGUGUGACCUGGAUUGUGGAGUUUUUCGCCAAUUGGUCUCCAGAGUGCCAGUCCUUUGCAGCUGUCUAUGCAGAUCUGUCACUGAAGUACAGUUGUGCUGGUCUCAAAUUCGGAAAAGUGGACAUUGGUCGAUAUGGAGAUGUGUCCAAGAAGUACAAGGUGAGCACAUCUCCUCUAUCGAAGCAGCUGCCCUCCCUGGUCCUUUUCCAGGGAGGCAAAGAGGUCAUGAGGCGCCCUCAAGUGGAUAAGAAGGGAAGGGCAGUUUCCUGGAGCUUUACUGAGGAGAACAUCAUUAGGGAGUUUAAUAUGAAUGAACUCUAUCAGAUGUCCAAGAAGCUCAGCAAGACUAAGGGUGACAAGAGCGAGAAGGCCAACGAGUCCCAGUUCCCACCUGUGCCUGAGGAGGAGGAGCCUGAGGCUGAGGCCAAUGCCCAGGAGGUGGAGACAGAGUCCAAGAAGGACAAAUAGGAGGCCAAACUUCUCUUGAAUGUUGUGAUAAUCGCCACAGGACUGGCUGGUAUUAUUCAAGAAGUAUUGAGUGAAGUGAGUGAACUUAGCGGUACCUACUGGAAACAUGCUAAAGAUUGUGUUUUUUUCUUCUUUUUUUCCAUUGUAUAAAUUGCGAAUUGCAAUUUAAUUGCAAAACAAGUUUUUUUUUAAAGUAUAUUAAUACAUUAAUUUAAAAUAGACCCUCCAUGACAACUCCAGUUGUGCAUAACGUUUCUUCACUGGACCUCUGUAUAAUAAUAUAACUAACUUUUCUUUUUAAUGAGUAGGCAUAAUUUAAGAUAAUCUAAUGAAACAUUUCACGCUUUCUACCUCCGGUAGCAUGAUUAAUUGUGGUUGUAAAAAAAAGAAAUCCUUAACACAGUUGAAUUGAACAAGACUACAAGCAGAAGACUACUGUUUAUUAUUUACGUGAUACCACAGGUCAUGUUCCUUGUUUUUUUGUGUAAGUUUUGUGUUUUUUUUUUUUUUUUUUACAUCUGCCUACUGGCAUUACUGAGAUUGUUUCUUCUCAUACUGAAAAGGGACAAGGGCGUAGAUGAUUGGGGGUGGUACUUUAGUAUCACAACCCUGAAUCCAUGGUUCUGCCUAGAUAUCUAACACUCCAGUCAUUCCACAAGGGUCCUGGUGACUGUCAUUCCUGAAGCAGGUGGCAAGUUUCAUAUUUUUUUGGCUGCCAUCAGACUUUCUGUUUCCCCUACAACCAGGAUAAAGUUCUUUUUUGUCAUAUUGUGCACAUUUCCUCCAAGGUGGUCCAGACCUGAAAACACUGAGGUCUUGAGUUGUUUUUAGCUUACAUGUUUUUCCAUUAAGCCAUUAUAUCAUUGUUACCAUUAUUUAAAUAAACCUUCAUUUUCUGUCACAGUCCUCAGGAUGGAUAAUAUCAGGUGGUUGAAUACAGCUGAUUGCAACUCCCCUCCCUUAUGAUACAGGUUACUGUGGUGAUGGAAUUCCUGCGGUCAACCUGUACUUAUUUGUGCUUUGUAUAAGUGAGCCUUGCCUUUAAAAAAAAUAAGAUAAAAAAAAAAACUUCAUUGUCAGUUCUUUUCACCCAUCUUGCUCUGUGGUGACUGAAGAUGUAAAAAUGUUUUGUUUCUCAUAUCAAAUAAAACAACAUGCGUAACUUCA